UCAACCACUGGUUCUAAUGUAGCCCAGCUUCAGUGUUUACUACAGAAUUAGUGCAUAGCGGACGGUGGGCUGCCUUAUCUGUGAACUCUGAGAAUCUUUUAACCUGUUAGUUUCGCGUAGAAGGAGAAAAACAGCCUAAAGUCAACAUGCCCAAGAGAAAGGGAGCUGAUGGAGAGGUCAAGGAGGAGCCUCAGAGAAGGUCUGCCAGGUUAUCUGCGAAACCAACUCCUCCUAAACCUGAACCCAAACCCAAGAAAACACCCAAGAAAGAGAAAGAAGUGAAUGAUAAAAAGGAGGACAAAAAGUCAAAGGCAAAGGCUGAGGAGGCCAAGGAGGAGAACCAGUCAGAAAAUGGAGAGACCAAGACUAAUGAGGUUGAAAAGACUCCGGAGGCGGAGCCUGAGGAAGAGAAGGAGGAUACUAAGGCUGAGUAGUGCCCCGCCCAUCCAUCUACUCUUCUCUUUCCCCAUCCGUCCGUCAACCACUUCUUCCCCUUCUCCCUCCCCACCCUCUCUUUCUCUCUCCCACUUUUACUCCUUCUCUCUCUCUCCCUCCCCCUCUCCUUCUGUUUCAGCAGGUUCCCAGACCCAAAUGGAUCCCUCUAUCCACAACUGUCACCAGAGGAAUAUUUUUAUCAACGAUUUUGUAAAUACUGGUUCAGGUUUUUAGCACAAAAACAAAAAGCUAAAAGAAGGGGGUUUUCAGCCGUGAUCUAAGUUGUCUCCAACAUGAGAGUUGUGGAAAAAGGCGGCAACUUUCGAUUUUGGUUUAGUUUUGUUGGUUUGGUUUUAUUUGUUUGAUUUUUAAUUUUUUCUUUUUAGUUGUUUUAUUUUUUUAAGCUGAUGGUCUGUAUCUCGGUUUAGGAGUUAGGGGCACUGGACCUGCGUUGGUGGUUGGUUGUGUGUGUGCGUCUGUUAGUACUUGUGGUCUUAUCCUGGAGUUUGUGCCCUGUAUGUACUUAAUUUGGGGGUUUGUUUUAUUUUCUUUAAAAAAAAUGAACAAAAACAAAAAACGGUUGUCUAGGAGAAAGAGGAAUCAAUACUAGAAAUAUGACGAGACAAUUACACAAAACAAACCUAACAUUCCAGGUGCCUCCUGGCUUGGAAAAAAUGCCACCAACAUGAUCUAAUGAUGAAAUGGUUGAAGGGAAUUUUGGGGGGGGUGGGGGGAUUAUGCAGUUGUGUGAAACUUUUUGAAAUUAUGGGAUUUAAAAAAAAAAAAAUCAAAUGUUUUUUUAACACUGAAAAUUCAUCUGUGAAAGAGUAGCGUGCCCUUAAUCUCACUCAAUAAAACCAUCAUUGGAGUUUUCCUCAGA